AUGGUGGAACGAAACCUGGUGAAUGUGCUGCUGCUGGGCGGCGGCUUCAUGCUGAUCUUUACCUCGUUUCAAACGCUUGGCAAUAUUGAGCAAACCAUCAUCGACAGCAUCAAGAAAGACGUCCCCUCCUUCAAUGGUGACGGAUACACGAGCCUGGCCAUUAUCUAUGCUGCCCUCUCUUUAUCAAACUGGGUCAUGCCGUCAGUCCUGUCCGCCAUCGGACCGCGGCUGGCGAUGGCCAUCGGUGCUAUCACCUACUGUCUCUUCAUGGCGAGUUUCUUCGUACCGCACGUCGUCCUACUGUAUGGGUGCAGCGUGGUACUGGGUGCCGGUGCCGCCUUGAUCUGGACCGGGCAGGGCAUGUACCUAUCCCAGUGCAGUACCGGUGAAACGAUUUCGCGCAAUUCCGGCAUUUUCUGGGCGAUGCUGCAGAUGAGCAUGUUCUUCGGGAACCUGUUGGUGUUCUUCACAUUCCAGGGCAAGACGCAUAUCGAUGAGACGACGCGUAGUAUUGUGUUUGCGGUGCUCAUCGCGGUAGCAAUCAUUGGUUUGGUGCUCCUGACCUGCCUGCGCCGUCCUUCGGCGAAUGUAGGAGAUCUGCCGGUGGAACUGAACACUGAGGUUCGUCCGCGACAGGCGUUCCUGAAUGCGAUUCGUCUAUUCCAAACGCCACGCAUGAUACUGCUAAGCAUUACGUUCGUGUACACGGGGCUGUCGCUAUCCUUCUUCAGCGGUGUUUACGGUUCGAGUAUCGGUUUCACGAACGCAAUCGGCACCUCGGCCAAACAGUACGUUGGCCUGAACGGCGUGUUCAUUGGCGUCGGUGAGGUACUGGGUGGGGUAGCGUUUGGACUCCUCGGUACCCGCACUACCACCCGAUGGGGUCGUGACCCGAUCGUGAUUGCCGGUGGCGUACUGCACAUGGUUGCUUACUUCCUAAUUUAUCUUAAUCUACCGAAUAGUGCACCGUUUGGCAACACGGACGCACUCUCCUACAUUCAUCCACCAAGUGCCAUUAUCGCUAUGUGUUGCUCGUUCCUGCUCGGUCUCGGUGACGCUUGCUUCAAUACCCAGUGUUACUCGAUGCUGGGCGGUGUAUUCAAGAACCAACCGGCCGAAGCGUUCUCCAUCUUUAAGUUUACACAGUCGGUGGCUGCUGCGGCCAGCUUCGUGUACUCCUCUUACUGCGGCCUGCACGUACAGCUGGUGAUACUGGUCUUGCUAGGCAUCAUCGGAACGGUCACGUUCUGCCUGGUGGAGUUCGCUGUUAAGCGUGAACGACCCACGUUGGAGCGAGAUUACGAGAAGUAA